UUUACUGGCUUGGUUAGCCUGGACUUCAAAACUAAAUCAGUGACACCAUUUGGAGGAAGAACCAUUGUUAACUCUCAACUAAACUAUAAAAUCAAAUCAAAUGAAACUGAUCUGAUGUUGGACUUCAGAUUUUCUUUUUGUUUAUCGCUAAACGGAUGUUUGAGUGGAGAGGAAUACUACGAUACAAUAGAGGAAUUUAUGCACUCUACCAAUAAGAAAGAAUUCUGCAGUCUUGGUUUUGCUGAUAUUGUAAGAGGGGACUCAAAUGUUACCAAGAGUGGGAAUGAUAAUAUGGAAUCUUGUUUGAAAGAGAAAUCUACUAAUAUCAGGAUUUGUGAGAAAGAUAUAUUUGAAAGGAAGGAAAAGAUGAAAAACGGAAAGAGAAUCUUUGAAGAUGCAAUGAAAAAACUUUGGAAAGAAAAAAAGAAAAACAAGAAAAAAAGCAAAAAGAAAAAGAAGAAGAAAAAGAAAUGCAAAAAGAACUGCAAGAAGGAUGAAAAGAAGAAAAAGAAGAAAAAGGAUUAAUUUAAUGUGCGAAAGAGUUACCGCCUUAAGAAUUUAAAUUCAAAAAUGUAAAUGAUUAAUUAACUAAUUUUUAGAAUUA